GUGAUAGUUUUAUAGAUAUGGCUUCUCAACCAGGCAUUCUUACAGAUUGGCCUUGGAAGCCUCUUGGGAGCUUUAAGCACAUGACAUUAGCCCCAUGGGUGGUCCAUACCAUUUACUCUCUCACGACGUCGUAUGAGAGGGACUUGGUUUACUAUCUCAUACUUCCAAUGUUAAUGGCGAGGAUAGUGCACAGCCAGAUCUGGAUAUCUGUUUCUCGACAUCGAACAGCUCAAGGCAAAAACAGGAUUGUUGAUAGAGGCCUUGAAUUCUCACAAGUUGACAGGGAAACCAAUUGGGAUGACAAUAUUUUGCUGACCGGACAUAUAAUGUACAUAGUGUACAUAAUACUUCCUGAGAUUUUUCAUCACUUACCCUUAUGGAGAACAGAAGGUGUGAUUCUCAUGGUUUUAUUGCAUGCUGGUCCUGUCGAGUUUCUUUAUUAUUGGCUUCACAAAGCUCUUCACCAUCACUUCCUUUAUUCUCGCUACCAUUCUCACCAUCAUUCUUCCAUUGUCACCCAGCCUAUUACUGCUGUUGCUCAUCCAUUUGCUGAGGUCUUAGCAUAUAUUACUCUAUUCGCAAUACCACUAUUUGUAACGUUGUUCACAAAGACUGCUUCCGGUGCUUCUGUUUAUGGUUACUUGUUUUAUAUCGAUUUCAUGAACAACUUGGGUCACUGCAACUUUGAGUUCUUCCCAAAGAAGCUGUUCUCUCUCUUUCCCUUUUUGAAGUAUCUCACCUACACUCCAUCGUUUCACUCACUGCAUCACACCAGAUUCAGGACAAACUAUUGCCUUUUCAUGCCAAUCUAUGACUACAUUUAUGGUACUGUGGAUGAAUCCACAGAUGAAACUUAUGAAACAUCUUUGAAGAGACCAAAUGACUCACCAAAUGUGGUUCACUUGACUCAUCUAACAACGUUGGAUUCCAUCUAUCAUCUUCCAUUAGGGUUUGCUUCCUUGGCCUCCAAACCUCAAACAUCAAAAUGGUAUCUUCAUUUCAUGUGGCCUUUCACUUUUGGUUUUAUUCCAUUGGCUUGGAUCUUUGGUCGUACAUUUGUUUCAGAAAGGAACACUUUCAAAAAACUCAAUUUGCAGUCAUGGGUCAUACCACGAUUCACAAAACAUUAUUUGAAGGGAAAGAGCACAUCACUGAACAAAUUAAUUGAAGAGGCAAUAUUAGAGGCUGAAUCAUCUGGAGCUAAAGUAUUGAGUCUUGGGCUUCUUAAUCAGGAAGAAGAGCUGAAUGAAUAUGGGCAACUUUAUAUCCACAAGUUUCCAGAGUUGAAGAUGAAAGUUGUGGAUGGAAGUAGUUUAGCUGCAGCAAUUGUUGUGAACAGCAUUCCCAAAAGCACAAGUCAAGUGUUUCUGCGAGGCAACUUUAAUAAGGUUUCUCUUGCUAUAUCCAAUGCUCUAAGCAAAAGAAAUGUUCAGGUGGCUAUACUAUACAAGGAUAAGUUGACGAAGCUUCAUUCAAGAGUACUCAAGUCCAAAGUAAGCCUUACUCUCACGACAAACUAUGAUGCCAAGAUAUGGUUGGUGGGAGAUGGAUGGGAUGAAGAUGAACAGAUGAAAGCAUCAAAAGGAACAUUAUUCAUACCAUAUUCUCAAUUUCCUCCAAAGAAAAUGAGAAAGGAUUGCUUCUACCACUGUACUCCUGCCAUGAUGGCUCCUCUCUCAUUCACCAAUGCACAUGCUUGUGAGAAUUGGUUACCAAGGAGAGCAAUGAGUGCUUGGCGAAUAGCAGGAAUAGUACAUGCCUUAGAAGAAUGGAAUGUUCACGAGUGUGGCUCUACCAUUUUCAACAUCAAUCAAAUAUGGCAUGCAAGCAUUCGUCAUGGUUUCCAACCUUUGGAUAUUCCCUUUUGAUCAAAUCAUGUUAGUUUAAAUAUGCACGAAUAAAUCCGUGUGUCUGUUUUUGUUUAUUUAAUUUGAUCUCUGUUUCUCGUUUAGGUUUUUUGCUGUGGGUUGAUAUCAUGUAUAUGUAUAGGGGCCACAACUUCCUCUAUCUCGUUUGAAUAAGGCCACUUGGUUAUAGUAUCUAUCUGUAUGUCUAUAUAUAUAUAUAU